CGCCUGUGUCGUCAAGGGUUAUGUGUUAUCGGUGAAUCUAUCGCGGUAACAUUACAUGGCGUGGUGAUAAUCUUGACUUGAUCUGAACUCUGUGUUUCGAAUAAUGUACUGUUUAGUAAUGAUUAUCUUUUGUAUGCUAAUUGCUCUGUAGAACGACCGGGAUAAUAUUAUCACCAGAUUGUGCACAAUCCAGUUUCAAUAGGCCUAAAUCAUUGGAAUAUCACCUGUUUCCGACGAUUAGAGUAACCGUUUAGUUUAGCAAUCCACGUGCUGUUCCUUCAAAGCAAGUGUAAUGUGGGCUGGAAACACGCCUCAGGACCUGUUCGUAUUCGAAAAACAGUUUGAUACACUGGCCUGGAGAAAAUGGUUGGAACAAAACUGGACUUACAGUAUUUUGAUCGCUGCUAUCUACAUUCCAGCAGUUUUCACCGGAAUAAACAUCAUGAAAGACCGUCGACCAUUCAAUGUACGGUAUCCAUUGAUUUUUUGGAAUAUUCUCCUCGGAAUCUUCAGUAUUGCUGGAGCUUGUAGGUCAGUUCCAGUGAUGAUAAAUGUUCUCAUUCACGAUGGUUGGUAUCAGUCCGUUUGCGAUUCUAAAUACUUCUGGCCUGAGUACAGCGGCAUUUGGUCAGUAUUAUUUGUGCUCUCCAAGGUACCAGAGCUUGGUGACAGCGUGUUCAUAAUCUUGAAGAAACAGAAGAUGCAGCUACUACACUGGUAUCACCAUGCCACUGUCCUCAUUUGUGUCUUUUACUUGUACAGCUUCCACACGUCGAUCGCUUGUUGGUUCGGGACGAUGAACUAUUUCGUACACUCACUUAUGUAUCCAUAUUUUGCUGUCAGGGCAGCAGGAAUUCGCCUGCCACGACCUCUAGCGAUGGUAAUUACGACUCUACAAGUUGUCCAGAUGGUUGUUGGCUUGUACAUCUCGCUCUAUGUGGGUGUAAUAUAUUUUUAUGACGGCCGAUGUGACGUAUAUACAGGACAGAUCAUCUAUUCAACAAUUAUGUAUUUCACAUAUAUGAUUCUAUUUACGAAUUUGUUUUACAAAAGCUACAUUCGUAAGCCUAAGCCAAAGGCAGAAUAAUUAAGCAGGGAAUCGUAGGGGUCGACAAGUCCUAUCGUCAUACCCAGGCAAAAGUAUCGGUAUGGCACUAUCUAUCAACCGAUGAUAGGUAAAUGUACCUGAUGAAUGAGCUUUCACAACUUUAAAAGUCAAUGAAGAAAAAGUUUAAUUGUAUGUUUCAAUUUCAGCCAAAUAAUAAUAAUAUGGAUGAUGUCAAAGAUGAAUGGCCUUUCAUAGUCCCAGUUGGACUUUAAAUAAAAAUUGGGCCUGGUCUAAUUGUAGUGUGACAUCAUUGCAACAUUUUUAUAUGGGCUAUGGAAAAUAAAUAUCAUUUUGUAAUUU